UCAUCUGAAACAUCUAAUGCUUCCGGAGCUGCCGGCGGCCAUGUUGGCUACCAGCAGCGAGCUGCAGGAUCCUGGAGAUGAUCUCAACCAGCUGGUCAGCCUUCUCCGGCAAAGGGUCUACACCGGAGAGCCAUUCGCGGCCGACAGCUUCAUCCAGGAGGCGGACGUCUACUCGGCUGCCCCUGCGGACCUGGUCCGCCACCAUGCUCUGGGCACGGACCUCGGCGAGGGCAAAGGAAUGGCGUGGUACUUCUGCAGCCCCGCUGAUUACCACCAGACCAGGACCCCUUUUGCGCGGAGGCGGAAACGCAUGGUUGGCGACGGCGGUGGCGCUGGCGGGACGCGCUGGCACGUGGAGAAGGCGGUUUCAAUUCUGGGCCCAGACAAUAAAUCCGUUGGGGCUUACAAGCGCACGCUCUCCUACGUGCAGAAGAUCAAGAACCCACCUGGUACGGCGCGAAAACCAUCUGGUAACAAGUCUCUUGGUUGGAUCAUGGUGGAAAUUGAGCUCGAGCAAAAGGAGGGUCCUGACGUCCCCGACCAGCAGCUGGUGCUCUGCAAGGUGUACAGGUCGCCGCGCACGGAUACCGGGGAAGCCGGCGUGCCAUGUAUUCCAGCGCCCCCUCCAGCUGCAUCCAUGUCGCCGUCGUCGUGUCAUAGCCAGAAGGUAGCAGUGGAAUGUAAGACCACACUAGACUACAAUUUUCGCUCCCCUGGGGUUGGCCGGAAGCCAGCUCUCUCCCCUCGUAAGCCUGGCACCCAGUGUAGGCCGCCGAUGGGAGGGAAAAUCACAACCGGGGUAGCAAUUGUGAAGAAAGGGUCGGUAACCAUUUCCUCGGCGGUGCACGUGGUGAUGAAGUUCUGUGGGUCAUCGAUGAAGUCGGCCGAUCAUAUGAAGGAGAUGGCCAAGCUCGUCUUCAACUUUCCAGCGGGAGGUGGGAAUCCCGUGGUUGUUCUGUCCGCGAUUGGGAAAACCACCACCAACCUUCUCGUGGCAGCAGGAAAGGCGCUGAGCUGCAGCACCAAAGAGGCGAGCAAAAUCCACGAGCUCGCAAUCACAAAGGAGAUGCAUUUCAGGAUGAUUGAUGAUCUAGGAUUGGAUAGGUCGAUUAUUUCAGGUUCAUUGGAUGAGCUGGAACGUGUUUUUAUGGCCAUUGCUAUGAUGGAAGAGCUGACUUCUAAGACACGAGAUUACAUUGUUUCCUUUGGUGAAAACGUGUCUACAAGAAUAGUUUCUGCAUAUUUAAAUAAACUUGGGAAAGGGACAUGUCAGGACUGGGAAUCAUAUGCCGUCAAUACUUGUGGAAGGGGUGGUGCCGACUUGACUGCGGCUACCAUUGCCAGGGACAUGGGAGCAAGAGAAAUCCAGGUUUGGAAGGACGUGGACGGUGUGCUGACGUGUGAUCCUACUGUUUGUACAAAUGCGAUACCACUUCCCAACUUGACUUUUGAUGAGGCAGUUGAACUCGGUUUGUUUGGUGCACUGUCAAUGCAACUUGCUAUGGAAGGUGGCAUCUCAAUUAUAAUUAAGAACUCGUACAACCCCGAAGCACCUGGUACCGUGAUUACUAAAACAAGAGAUAUGAGCAAGAGUGUAUUAACCAGCAUUGUAUUGAGGUCAAAUAUUACCUUCUUGAAACUAGAGAGCACAAGGAUGGUAGACCAGUCUGCUUUUUUAGCAAUGUCCUUCUCAAUAUUUGGAAAUUUGGGCAUAUCUGUUGACUGUGUGGCUAUUAGUGAAGGCAAGCUAUCCUUGAUAGCAAUUCCACCAAAACUGUCAAGUCGUGAAUUGGCCCAGCUGGAGCUUGAUAUUGUAGUUGAAGAGCUUCAGAAAAUUUCAGUUGUUGAUCGACUAAAGGACAGAUCAGUCAUCUCCCUGAUAGGAAACACACAGAUGUCGGCAAUAAUUCUUGUAAAGGCGUCCAAUGUUCUGUGGAGUACUGGUGUGAAGGUCCAGAUGAUCUCGCAAGGGUCGUCCAACUCUGAUGUGUUGAAGGUUUCCCUGGUGGUCCAUGAUAGUGAGGCAAAAUAUUGUGUACAGGCCCUCCAUUCAGCGUUCUUUGAGAACAGCUACUUGUCAGAGUUGGAGAGAGCGGAGAACAAGUGCCAAAUCCCGGCAUAUUCAUCCACGUCAGCCAGCUCCGGCAUCAUCGUGAAGAGGAAGGCAGUGGAUGACCACCCGGAAGCUUCAACAAGGCAGAGGACGACGAGUGCGGAACCAAGUGGACAUGAGGAAACAGAACCCCGGUUGCCCGAGGGUGACAACGGUGAUCCGACAGAGGUCUUCCAAUGUAUAAGUGACGACAACAUUCCACCCGUCACAAGUCCAUCGAUGUGCUAUGCAGACAUGGACAUGGAUCGCUUGCUCUCUGAGGAAAUGCCCAUCGCAGGCGAUGCCAGCGGGGACUGGAGCAAGUACUUUUUCGGUGUGUUUGAUCACUUUGAUGGCGGUUAUGACACUAACUGGAUGCUCUCUGGAGGUAACGACGGCGAGGGUCCGUCCGGGGUUGGCUCCGGUGUACCUGAAGAUGACGCGAACCCAGUGCUGCCUGAGCAGCCAAAUGAUCCCCUAGCUGCUAGCUGAAACUAUCACUGACAGAGCUGCUUCGCUCGUCCAGCAGCGACAUGUCUUUCUUCCCUGUCCACGGCCGGUGUUUGCAGCAUCAGAAUGAGUCCAAAAGUUGUUGGGUUGUGGCUGUAUCCUGGCUGGGAGUUGGUGUUACAUGUGCAGAGCAGUGGUCGAUCCUGGGACGAGGUUGCAUAUGUGUUAUCAGUUUCCAUCCGAAAAAGGUACAUGUACAACAGGGGAAUAUUGGUCUUCUCUAAGAGAAGCCAUGGGAUUUUUACAGAGUCCGAAAAAGAUUAUCUAAAAGAUAGAGGGAUUGUCUUUUCUUAAA